CUCUCCAUUUAGCGCAUUUAAAUGAAGACAGCCGGAACACAGCACGUAAUUACUGCGUGCUAAUCGCGGCUUUAGAGAAGAACUUGGAAUAUUCAGGAGAAUGAAUAGGAACAACGUACUUCCGUUUUUUAAUAUCAGACGAGAGAUUACGUAUUGCCUUAUCUUCCUGAUAGUGCAAUUUCUGCUACAUUCGGUCUUGGAAUUGUGUCUAGUGCGUGUAAGUGAUUAGAGUUUAGUCAUAUGCUUUAUUUUAUGAGAGGAAGUUUAUGAUUAAAUUGUACUUGCUUCAGUGAAAAAGUGUUCCUCCCACCUCUACAUGGACAAUACUCCUCCUGUGUAUAAACAAACAUGGCGCUAUUACCAAGAAUUUUUUUUUUCCUUCUUGCUAAACAGACUGCAGCUGAUAAUUACUACUUACUUCUUAUUUUGUGAAUAUCUGAAGAUAAAAGCAGUUUGUCGUUUUGAUUGAUUUCCUGGAUUUUUGCCUGAAAAAAAGUUACAGACCACAUACGGAUAUUGCAAAAUCACAAUGGUGGUAUAUAACUUACGCCAUGGAUGGGUAAUAUAUAAUAGUGAUAGAUCUUUAGAGCAAAUAGAAUUGAAUCAAGGAGAAUCGAUUUGCAGUUGUCGUUUCGGAUCGAACAAUGAUCCGUGGAAUCUUCGCUUCUAUCCAUACGGUCUUGGUAAACGAAAAAAGAACCCUCUUUUACGGUUGUAUAGAGAAAACACUGGCGUACCUAUCAGACUACAGGGAUGUUUAUUUAUAGAAUCUUUCUACCAAGAAAUCUUUCAGGUUAACAGUACUAUGCAUGAACUAAGCAGUUUUGUUAAUCUUCCUUUGGACUUUUCAGAAAAUUGGAGUUAUUUUAAUGAACGUCAUUUAUUUGUAGAAAUCAAUGUUGUGGUUACUGAAAUGUGCGAGGCAUUUGUAGAAUACGAACCUGAAGAGAUAGAGCAAAGAAGAGUGGCACAGACAGACAGGGCAACAAACACGGACAGAUCUGCUGUGACUUUUAGGGAUCCAGAUCCUGAAUCUGAAGUUCCAAAUGAUCCAGACAAGCUCAUGGCAUCAGUGAUUUGUUUAGCUUAUCCCGAGAUAUGCACACUAUGUACGAAAAAAAAGAUCAGUCAGACUUCAUUCUCAAAUGUGAGUCUGCCGAGUUUCGAGUUCAUAAGUGUGUUCUUUCUACCAGAUCUCCAAUUUUCGCAAGAAUGUUCCAGCAUCCGAUGGCUGAAGCUACAGAAAAUCAAGUAACCGUGACUGAUGUCGAUGCUUGCGUAAUGGAACAGCUUUUACUGUAUAUGUAUACUGGCCGUAUAAAUGCACUUUCUUAUCCAAUGGCCCGAGAUUUAUACUCGGCAGCUGACAAAUAUGCGAUUUUGGAACUUAAAGAUAAAUGUUCUGAAUUUAUGGUUUUAUGUCUUAGUACAUCAACAGCUAUUGAAACAUUAGUUUUAGCAGAUAUGCAUAAUGAUGCACUGCUAAGAAGUACUGCUAUUAGUUUUAUUUCUGAAAACAUUGAUAAUUUCAAUACUACUGAUGCAUGGUUUUCACUUUUAAAGGAACGCCCACAUCUGGGUAUCGAAAUUCUGUCUUUUACAGUGAGUCAGCUGAAAUCAACAUAGAACCCAAAAUAAUCUUUUGUGUACUUUUUGUUGAUGUAAGAGGAUUUUAAAACAGAACAAAGCAUGAUUUGAAAUAUUUUUAUUCAUUGAAGAAUUUUGUUCGAACAGUGUAUUUUGUAGAAGUGAAUAAGUAUUUAUUAGACAUUAAAAAAAGUUUCAUCAUGACAAUAUAUUAAAUCAGAUUUGGUAGGUAAGUUUUCAUUGGCUUUCAUAUAAAAAGAAAUCAUUAAUUUCUGAAAGUAAGACAAUUCAAGACUUUUCAUAUCAUUAAACAUAAGCAAAUAUGAUAAUCUGAUGUAAACAUGUUUGAAUUCAAAUUAAUACCUGAAGUUAUUCUUCGUAUAAACAGAAAUUAUGUGUAAUUAUUAUUAUUAUUAAAUAAAUGGAAUUUCAAAUUA